ACAAGGCAGAGCAGGAGAAGAAUUAGCUUAGAAGUGAUCUGCAGUUUAUAGGGCUUGCCCAUUUUUCGUCUAGUGAUUUUCCAAGUGCUUUCGCUCUAUGUGCUCUGAGUUUGAUUUUUCUUUUUAUGCUAUUUGAUUUGGGGAAGGACUGUCUUCAUGGGAAAAUAAUAUGGUUUAACCCACUAACUGCAUGCUGCAUGUUGGGUAAAUUGAAAACCCACAUGUGAAUCCUGGUCCAGGAGAAUUAUUUUCAUCUCAUGGAUAUUUUCUCUGCUUAUUGCAUAGUAAUGAGCUUCUGACAGGCGCGACCUUUCAUAAGACAACCCACAUUAUUGGCUUUCUGCCCACAAUAUUUCUGCAACACUAUCUGUGAUUGGUUAUCUUCCUAUCAUGCAUUGCUUCACAAGAAAAACGGCCCCUUUUUUUUUAUAAAAUCUACGAUGGCUGGCUGCAAUAUGCUGCUGUGUUGGUACUAGAAGUGCCUUUCCUGACGUCUCUGCUGCUUGGACCUGCUUGUAGAGAAACCUCUGCUUUUUGCCUUGCUUGCUACCAGCUAGACUGCAACGAGAGCUCAUCCACCCUUCGCAUCUAGUCCAGACAAUCCCCCUAUUUCUGUUCUUAAUCAAGAGAAAGCCCUAUGCAUCAAGCACUGCAUUAUGCUGUUUUUAUAGUAGUGAAAAGAGAACAUUUCACGAAAUAUUAAGCUCUAUGCUGCCGGGAAAUUAAGGAGAGACAGAGGGAGUAGUGAGAGGGAGAAAAAGAGAGAGGAGAAUCCUUGAUUAUUGUUCUACAUCGCUGCAUCUCUCCAUGCCAAAUUAAUCAAUACCGAUUGCACCACAAAACCCAAUUGCCAAUUCAGCUUUUCGGAGAUUACCUUUCAGUCAACUUUACUGAACAGCUUGGAAAGUCUGUGUCAGCAGAGGGUCUGCCACGUUCUCAUGCUUGCAUAUUUGGGCUCAAAACCGGAACUUCAUAUAGGUUACUGAGAGCACCGUUUAAGCUCCAGGCCGUCUAUUUAAAGCUUUUUGUGGGUGAUCGUAACAUUUCACAAUACAUAAUCUGUAUUAUUUAACAGGUUGUUCUGGAAGCUCAAAAGUGGGACAUCUGUAUGCUCAUAUUUAGAGCACAACUGUUUGAUAUACAAAAAAAAAAAAAAGAAAUCAACGACAAAAAAAAAAUCACAUACAAUAAGACAGUUGGAGUUAAGUUUUUUUUUUUUACCACCGGCCGUAUACCUGUUCUGGUUUUAUUUCCUUUCUUUGAACAUUUUUAACUACGGUAUCUGUACAUUUUAACUAUGGCUGUUAGUGUGGCACCGAUGCGGGACACAAAAUGGCUGACUUUGGAAGUAUGUCGAGAGUUCCAAAGAGGAACUUGUUCCAGGCCUGACACAGAAUGUAAAUUUGCACACCCAUCGAAAAGCUGCCAAGUUGAAAAUGGACGAGUAAUCGCCUGCUUUGAUUCUUUGAAAGGACGCUGUUCACGGGAGAACUGUAAAUAUCUCCAUCCACCACCACACUUAAAAACGCAGUUAGAAAUAAAUGGCCGGAAUAACUUGAUUCAGCAGAAAAAUAUGGCCAUGCUAGCCCAGCAAAUGCAGCUAGCCAAUGCGAUGAUGCCUGGUACUCAGCUACAACCCGUGCAAAUGUUCUCAGUUGCCCCGAGCCUAGCCACCAAUGCAACAGCCUUUAACCCAUACCUGGGUCCUGUUUCUCCAGGACUUGUACAAGAAAUCAUGCCUACUACACAAAUGCUUGUUGCCGGGAAUCAUGGCGUUGGAAUGCCAACUGCUGCCGCGGCAGCUGCUCAGAAACUCAUGAGGACAGACAGACUGGAGGCCAGCUACAAUCAGGCAGCUGCAGUGCGAGCUUCCCCGCGUUGCCCAACCAAUGACCUCAACCCUGAUGUGGAGGGAGCACCCUCUUUAUGGGUGAGAGGUAAUUCAGUCUCCAUGCCAGCUCAAUCCUGGGCCUGUCCUGAGCAGAGACUGCCAUUAAUGCCAAAUUAUGUGUGGUGGUUAUGUGAUGUGGACUCCUGCACUCUGGGAACUGAGCUGAGACCAGCAAACUCAUUUCACUUAGGACAUCAAGCUGGACUUGACCCCCGGUCCCAGAAGAGAAAGGUAUGUCGAGAAUACCAACGCGGUAACUGCAAUAGAGGAGAAAACGAGUGCCGAUUUGCUCACCCGGCUGAGAGUGCAAUGAUAGAUGCCAAUGAUAACACAGUCACUGUGUGCAUGGAUUAUAUAAAAGGAAGGUGUUCCAGAGAAAAGUGCAAAUACUUCCACCCUCCAGCACACUUGCAAGCCAAGAUAAAGGCUGCUCAAUACCAGGUCAACCAAGCUGCAGCUGCUCAGGCAGCAGCCACUGCAGCCGCCAUGACUCAGUCGGCUGUCAAAUCACUGAAGCGACCCCUCGAGGCAACCUUUGACCUGGGAAUUCCUCAAAAUGUACUUCCCCCUUUACCAAAGAGGCCUGCACUUGAAAAAACCAAUGGUGCCACCGGAAUGUUUAAUACGGGUUUUUUCCAGUACCAGCAGGCUCUCGCCAACAUGCAAUUACAGCAACAGGCGGCCUUUUUUCCUCCAGGCUCAAUAUUGUGCAUGACACCCGCUGCAAAUGUUGUUCCCAUGAUGCACGGUGCAGCUCCGGCUACUGUGUCUGCAGCAGCAACAUCUGCCACAAGUGUUCCCUUCGCUGCAACAGCCACAGCCAACCAGAUACCCAUAAUAUCUGCAGAUCAUCUGAGUAGUCACAAGUAUGUUACACAGCUUUAGAGAUUGUGUUCCGAUACAAUCAGAGCAAGGAGAAACGGACAGUGUGCUUGAAAAACAAUACAGGACAAGGCCAUAAUAUGCAUAGAGGCAACACACAAAAUCCCCAUCAUGAAACAUUUGCAUCUUGCAUGCUAAAUGAUGACAAGAUGAACAUGGGAUCCCAUUUCGCAAUGUUGAAUAUCUAAUUUUGUACAUUCAAUUAAUAUUUGUGCUAAAGUGAACUUCUUCUCCAAAUCUCCAGCAUACCCUGUCUUGUCUGACACAGAGGUUUGAAUACAUACAUGUCCUUGUUACAUGCACCUCUCAACUAUGUUCACCUUUUUCAGGUAGAAAUGUCAGACUAUAACAUAACCAUCAAUCUCCAAUGUAUUGGUACGUCUGUAGACCAAGAUUAGGAUUUUCUUUUUUUUUUUUUUUUUAAGUAUCUUUAAUUUCAAGGUUUACAAAUAACAAAAGAUGCACCUUUUGUUUUCUUAGAAUUGCCAAGGUAACCGAGAGAAUGCAUGCAAUGUAGUUUUUGGUUUAUAAAGGAUAACAGGCUAAUGUGCCAAGCAAACCACAGUUAUGUAUGCCUUAACCUUCAUAGUGCCUGAGUGGGGGCUGCAAUGUCUCCACUGGCACUGAAAGGGUUAACACACAUUAAGGCUUUAAGUACGGUAUUACUAAAUAUACUCUUGAAGUGCCAUUGAUGGUGCAUAGGUUAGAUUGUUCCUUUGGCAGUGUUAUUUAAGGAGCCACAUAUUUUUUUUAUCUUAUUUUUUUUUGUGUGUGUGUGUGUGUGUGUUAUUCUAGACAAGGCAAAAAGGCACUAUUGCAUUUUAUUGAAUUUCCAAAGCCAAAGUUAUAACAUAAUUCAUUUAUCUGAUGGUAAGCUGUGAGAAUGACAUCACAAAAAUGCAAUCCUUUUAUGUAAUUGUUAAGCUAAAUAUGCAAUUUUAAAUUACUAUAUAUUGUUCUGAUGCAUUUAAUUCAAUUUGGUGUUAAGAUUCUGGGGUGUUUUCCUAGGAAUUUGAAAAGUUUGAAGUAAAGUAAAACCAUUAUUCACAGAAUUAGGUGGAAGAAGGAAUCAAAACCACAAAAAGUUGAUUCCGGACAACACCAUUCAUCAGUUAAUCAGGUCCACUUCUUGAUGAUGUCACUCGCUUGCACUAUCUUCCUUCAUUUUCAUCAUGAAGCAUUUUCAGACAAGCUUGGAAUUCAUUCAUACGAAACAUUGUUUUUUGCAAGAUAUCGAACAGUUCAUUUUUCUCAGAUAGCCUUUAGACAUGAUAGAUCUAGCUGUUUUUCCUAGGUAGUAAGCAGGUAAAACUCAUUACAGUUAAGAAUACAAGGUAAGUGUAGGGCAAGUAAUUGAAUGUGAGUCAUUUCAAUUGCUCAGUAGUUUUCUGUGGGUAGUUAUUUCAGCCAAACCAGAAAGCAUCUAAUAUAUUUUCAUGCACAUUUAAAGUAUAAACCAAUCUAAAAAUACUUCAGAUGGCAAAAAUCCUCCUGUUCAACUACUUCUACAGAUCAUAUAUUUUGGCUAAAAUUAGCAAAUUCCUUAUCACUUCUUGACAGCUAACAUUUUAUUGAAAUAAUCUCUCAGUUUCUUCCUAAGAGGAGCAAAAUCUGACUGAAACACAUGAGGAUUCUGAUAUUUGGGGUGUGUGUGGGGUGUCUUACAUUAAAAAGCCCUUUUGCAAACUAAUACAAAAAAGUAAAGUAAAUCAGCAGUGA